AUUUUAGGUGCUGAUUUUCUGUGUGCUCAUGGACUGCUUGUCGAUGUUGCUAACAGACGUUUAAUUGAUGCUCUCUCGUUUUCUUCGCUACCCUGUUUUACUCGGGCCGCCGAGCCCCUGAUUCGGGCUAAUGUAGUGACCUCCGGGGAUGCUUUUCAGCGUUUGCUUUUAGAGUUUCCAUCGCUGUCUGUCCCUAAUUUCUCUAGCACGGUAACGAAGCAUGGGGUUGAGCAUUAUAUUCCCAUGGUCGGGCCCCCGGUGUUCGCGCGCGCGCGCCGCCUCGACCCCGCGAAACUGUCCGUCGCUCGGGAAGAGUUUGCAGCCAUGGAGCAGCUUGGCAUUGUACAGCGUUCGAACAGUGCAUGGGCCUCUCCGCUUCAUGUGGUGCCCAAAUCGGACGGUCGGUGGCGGCCAUGUGGAGAUUUCCGCCAUUUAAAUAAUGCCAUGGAGAAUGACCGUUACCCCAUCCCCCACAUUCAGGAUUUUUCUGCCAAUCUCGCCGGAACGUCAAUUUUUUCUAAAAUUGACUUGGUGCGGGGGUAUCACCAAGUUCCCGUGCGCGCCGAAGACAUUCCUAAAACCGCUGUCAUUACCCCCUUCGGCUUGUUCGAGUUUUUGCGCAUGCUGUUUGGCCUGAAAGGUGCCGCCCAGACCUUUCAGCGGCUGAUGGACUCCGUUUUGCGUGGACUGCCGUUCGUUUUUGUUUAUCUGGACGAUAUAUUGGUGGCCAGUUGCUCAGCGAGCCACCACGAGUCCCAUCUGCGCCAGGUUUUCCAGCGUUUGGCAGCGCACGGCCUGAUCAUCAACCCUUCCAAGUGCCAAUUUGGGUUGCCGGUUCUGGAUUUCCUCGGGCACCGCAUUUCCGCUGAAGGUGUGGUUCCGUUGCCCGACAGAGUCCAGGCCGUUUCGGCUUUUCCGCGUCCCACGUCGGUUAAAGCGUUGCAGGAGUUCUUGGGGAUGAUAAAUUUUUACAACCCCUUUCUCCCCAGAGCUGCCCACCUGCUACAGCCACUCUAUGCUGCCUUAAAAGGUAAAACAGCCAAAGAUCCGGUUGACUGGCUGCCGGAACGUGUCCAUGCGUUUUCCACAGCCAAGUCUGCGCUGGCUGACGCCGCCCUGCUGGCACACCCGUUUCCGUCGGUGGAGAUUGCGUUGACUACCGACGCGUCCGACGUGGCAGUGGGUGGGGUGUUGGAACAGCGGGUUUCAGGUCUCUGGCAACCGCUCGCCUUUUUCAGUCGUACGCUCCGGGAUGCUGAACGCAAGUACAGUGUUUUUGACAGGGAGUUGCUGGCCCUGCACCUCGGGACACGACAUUUUCGUUUUUUCCUCGAGGGUCGCAACUUUACUGCGUACGUUGACCACAAACCUUUGACGUUUGCGAUGUCCAAGGUCUCUGACCCAUGGAGCGCACGCCAGCAGCGCUAGUUGGCGGCCAUUUCAGAGUUUACCACAGACAUUCAGCAUGUGGCUGGUAAGUCCAAUCACGUCGCUGACUGUCUCUCACGUGUGUUGGUUUCUCCAGUGUAUGUCGGCGUCGACUAUGCUGCCAUGGCCGCCGAGCAACGUGCUGACCCGGACGUCCUUGCCCUUCAGUCAACAAAAACGGGCCUUGUGCUGGAGGACACCCCGGUGUGGGACGGCGGUCCGCACCUUCUUUGCGACGUUUCCACCGGCCGCCCCCGCCCGGUGGUUCCCCUUUCGUGGCGUCGUCGUGUUUUUGACUUGGUGCAUGCCCUCUCUCAUCCCGGCGUCCGGGCCUCGGUCAAGCUGGUCAGCGCCAGGUUCGUUUGGCCGGGCCUUCGCAAGACGGUGAAAGAAUGGGCGGCAGUUUGUAUCCCAUGCCAACGCUCAAAAAUCCACCGGCACACACAGGCACUCCUCGAACCUUUCCGUGUCCCGGGUAGGCGUUUCGAUCACGUUCAUGUGGACCUGGUUGGUCCCUUGCCGCAGUCACAGGGUUUCACGCACCUUUUGACUGUGGUGGACCGCACGACCGGGUGGCCGGAGGCGGUACCCCUGGCGUCCACGACAGCGGUGACGGUGGCCAGGGCAUUUUUGUCAAUGUGGGUUUCACGUUUGGGUCCCCCUGCUGACAUUACCUCGGACAGGGGCCCCCAGUUUGUUUCUGAGCUUUGGUCUGCUAUGGCUGACGGCCUGGGGGUCAAGGUCCACCGCACCACAGCAUACCACCAGCAAGCUAACGGGAUGUGCGAACGGUUUCACCGGUCACUUAAGGCCGCGUUCUGGGCUUCCUUAACAGGUGGCGACUGGGUCGACCGUCUUCCGUGGGUUUUGCUGGGAUUGCGUAGCGCAGUUAAAGAAGACCUCGGGGUUUCCCCGGCUGAACUGGUCCUCGGCCAGCCCCUCCGGGUCCCCGGGGAAUUCUUACCUGAGAGCCCUCCCCCAUGUUUCGAUACCUCUUUGUUGCCUUUUCGCCCCCCAAGAGACUCAUUUUCUGUUCCUGGUCCUGUGCACCACUGCCUGCCUGACACUUUUGUUCCAAGUUCGUUGGACUCUGCUCGUUUUGUUUUCGUCAGGCACGAUGCCCAUAGGACUCCGCUGCGUCCACCAUAUGACGGGCCAUACAGGGUUCUUAAACCAGGCAACAAACAUUUCAUUUUGGACUUUGGGGCUUCGAAUCUCAUUAACGCCCUGCCUGAAGACGGUGGCCAUUUGUCAGAUCCUGAUUCUGCCGACAGUGGGGAUGAAUCCAACUUCAUCAAAGGGAUUGACCCUUGCCAAAACAAUGUUGAUAAUGUUGAAGAGGAGGGAACGGAACUGAAGUCUCCUGCUCGACUGAAGCAGCCUCUACUCCGGAGGGAAGUAGAGGGAGAGGAAGGAGUCGGAUGA